AAAUACAACUUAAAGAAGUUAUUAAUGUACCUUCAGUCGUUGGUAUUCAAGAACAUCAAAUUUAUAAAAAUGGAAGGGUCUUAGUUAAAGACGGUCAUGUAAUUUUUGAUUUUUGCAACACAGGAAUAUUAUUUAAGACAAUUCAACAAACCACACUAUUAAUUUAUCUCACUGGAUUUGUAAGAUUAAAAAUUAGAGUAGAUGAUAAUACUUUUACUCAAGUAAUUCCUAUGAACCCAUUCGAAAGUAAAUACACUACUCUUGAAUUACCAGGAAAUAAAGUUAUUCAGUUAACUAAAGUUACUGAGGCACGUUCGAGUAAAGUUGAUAUUGUUGGUAUUAUAACUGGAAGUAUUGAGACUAUUCAUAAAGAAAAACUACCACAUAUUGAGUUUAUUGGAGAUUCUCUUACUUGUGGGUAUGGAAACAUUGGACAAAAUUCUGAAUUUGAAACUGAUAGUUCACAAACUUGGUGUGUAGAUAUUGCAAAUUAUCUUCAUUGUGAUUAUAUGACCACUUCAUGGAGUGGUAUUGGAGUGUUAAAGAGCAAUCAUAAUGUUACUACUAAUCAAUUACCUGUUAUAAUUCAUCGUUGUAUUGCAACAGAUGAAGCAAGUCAUUGGAAUAUUAGUGAUUGGAAUGCAAAAUAUGUUUUUCUCAAUAUUGGUACAAAUGAUUAUGCAAUAGAAGCUGAUAAUGUGUUUGACCUUAAUUUUAAAAAUGCAAUGAAAGAUUUAAUUCAACUAUACUUCAAUGAAUAUGGUUCAAACCUUCUCUUCUUUAUUGUUGAAGGACCUGUUAUUUCAGGUCAUGGAAAAGAAUAUAUAAAAGAAAUAUCAUUAGAGUUUGUUCAUACAAUGAAGAAUGUGUUUUAUAUUGAAACUUUUAUUGAUAAAAAUAAUCCUUCAUUUUGGGGAUUUAGAAACCACCCAAGUGUAGAAGGGCACCACCAAAUGUCACAGCAAAUUAUACCUCAACUUGAGGCAAUUCUUCAUAAAUUAUAA